UAAGCACAGUGCUAAAUAUAUCAAAUUAAAAGAAAGUGUUACGUCAAAGAACUCAUUUAUAUUGUGUCCACGUGUGAAAUAAAAGCUUCAACUGCGUCCAACUUGUCCUGAGGGGAAGCUACAGAUGGUGUUCAUUCUUUUUCAAAAUUGUUAAUUUGUUUAUUUGUUUAUUUGUUUAUUGGUUGAUGUCUUUAAAAAGUCUAAAAAGAGAAAAGGCGUUUCCGUUUCGGGUGUUUGCAGUGAGGGGUUUGGCAUCAAAGAGAAGACAGUCAGUAUUGAGAGGUAUGAUACAACAUGAAGCUUGGACUGAGCUGGCUGUUCCUUGCAUUUCUACACGUCCACUCAUCUUGGAGUGUUUCGUCAGGGACUCUGAUUGUGACCCAGAUUCCAGAUGUCUCUGUCAUGGAGGGGGAGGACGUGAACAUCAGCUGCUGCUGGGAAGGAGAUUUUGAUAGAGUGAUAAUUAACUGGCAGAAAAAACAAACUAAGGUUAAGAGUGAGGUUUUCAACUCAGAGAAUGGUACAAAAGAAUCUCAGCAAAAGGUGACAUCUGGCUGCUCACACUUGACCUUUCCAAACAUCACGAAAGCCAACUCAGGAAGAUACACCUGCAAGCUGACUGUGGUUAUACCAAGUUAUGCUCAGGUCAACGGAAGUGGCACUGUAAUCACAGUUACAGACAAAGAAAACACAACUGACUACUCAACAGAAGGUGUUUCAUCAGGGACUCUUGUGGUGACCCAGGCUCCAGAUGUCUCUGUAAUGGAGGGGGAGGACGUGAAGAUCACCUGCUGCUGGAAAGGAGAUUUUGAAAGAGGGACAAUUAACUGGCAGAAAAAACAAACUGAUAUUAAGAGUGAGGUUUUCAACUUCAUGUAUGGUACAAAAGAAUCUCAGCAAGAGGUGACAUCUGGCUGCUCACACUUGACCUUUCCAAACAUCAUGAAAGCCAACUCAGGAAGAUACACCUGCACGCUGACUGUGGAUAUACCAAGUUAUGCUCAGGUCAACGGAAGUGGUACUGUAAUCACAGUUACAUCCAGAGAAGGCAUAACUGACAAGGCAGCAGAAGAUGAUCACAGUGGGAUUGAGUGGAUUCAUCUCCUGCGAUGUCUGCCCCUCCUGGCUCUUAUCUUAUCCUUCUUCCUCAUCAACAAGUGGGGAACCAAAGCUCUGCAACAAGCACCAGGAGCUCCUGGAAAUACAAUCCCUUCAGCCCAAGGAACAGAAGAAGAGGGGGAAGGAGAAGAGAGAGAAGUACAAGCAGAAGGAGGCGAUGUAGAAUAGAAAAUAGAGACAAAAUAAGAAUAGAUUUGAAAAGACCGUGAAGGAUGUAAGGAUCAUUUUCUAUUAAGCGCACAAUCUCAUCCGGCAAACUCUUCCAUGUCUGUGUGGGAGACUCCUGUAUGUUUAAAGCUCAGGUGAUGUUUGUCAGGAUGUAUACCUGCAUGUGUAACUUCUUUAUGAGCGGUGAGAAUCAUUGUCAUCUGUUUUAUUUAAAUGUAGACAAAGCACAGUUUGAAUUCUUGAUGCAUGAAUGUAUGCUCUAAAAAAAGGGGAUGUAUCUUUCAUCCUCAUAUUUGCUUUUUCCUGAUAUAUUGGAUUAUUUGACCUCUUUGCUAUUAAAAAGUUAUUCAAAUAAAACCUGUCCGACAAGUGCAAGUGGCUCG